AUGGCGAAGGCUUUUUCUUGUAAAUUGUGGUGGCGUCUUCGAAAGAAUGACUCAUUGUGGGCAUCAUUCAUGCAUGCUAAAUAUAUACAAGGGAUGCAUCCUUCAUUAGUUACCUUCUCUAGACCUUCGCCAAUUUGGCGGAGAUUAGAGAGUGUCCGGGAUUUUGCGGAGAGUAAGAUCUCUUGGUGUUUAGGUAGGGGUAAUAUUCAUUUGUGGCUUGAUCGAUGGUGCUCCAGUAAACCAUUAGCCCAAGAGCUUUGUGUCGUGGAUCCGCCGCAUCAGUUGGUUUCGGAUUUCUUUGGUCCAUCUGAUUGGAAUAUUCCAUUGCUUCGGCAAUGCAUGCCUGAUCGUUGGGUUAAUGUGAUCUCCCAGAUGAAGUUUUUUCCGGACAAGGAUGAUAACAUGAUUUGGUUGCCUUCUUCGUCUGGUCAGUUCACAGUUUCAUCGGCUUGGGAUGAACUUCGUCAGAAGCGGAAUGUCUCAUUUGUUGAUUCGUUGACAUGGAGUACUCUUAUACCCUUGAAAAUCUCGUUCUUUAUGUGGAGGUUGGAACGUGGAUUUUUGCCUAUUGAUAUUGCAUUGUAG